GCGUAUCAGUAUGGUGUGUACACCCGCGAGCUGCUGCAGUUUGGAGACAAGCUGUCCAUGCUGCUGCUGCUGCCGCCCAGCGAGGACUUCAGCUCCAACUACUGGCCUCUGGUGGGGACCAAGGAGCCGGGCCUCACCAUGCCGCUGCAGAUCUUUGAGCUGGUUCACUUCUGGAUGUACGAGCGGGACUUCCUGUCUCAGUACUGCCAGGCGUGGGUGAGGCUGGAGUUGGACUCUCACCUGGCCCAGCAGGCUCUGAGGGAGGCGCUGGACACCAAGGAGUUGCUGGAGGCCCGCGAGAGACUCAACCACAUCACGGAGCUCUCUCAGCGUCUGGAUGCGGUCUGGAGGGACGCUCGUUGGAUCAUGGAUUGUCUGCAGUGCGUGCGCUCGAAGCAGUGGGUGGGGGCGGUGCCUCUGGGCCUGGUGAUGGGAGGAGACCCCCCCCCACGUCCUGAUGGAGAGGAGGAGGAGGACAGUCUGACCGCCAGACUCACCUGGCCCCAUCGGCUACAAGCUCAGAGAGCCAUUGCAGAGUGUUUGGUCAAUGUGGCUCCACCUAACAUCGUCCCUGUGGAGAUCGCCGCUCCCUCGGGGAUCAUGGUCGUCCCUGCAGAUGCCACGUUGUUAAUGGAGGGUGUCGCAAAGGGCGGAUACCCAGUGGACAUCACCAACAAAUCAACUUUAGACCUGACGAGCAACGGCGGCCAAUCAGAGUUAGAAUGUGCGACGGCUUUGAUUGAAUCAGGACUGGAGCCUGGCGCUGUGGCACAGUUAGACGUCGGCUACACGGUCCUGGAAACACAAGAGUCGUACUCCGGGGAAACUGACUUUCCCUGCAGCAUCACUGAGGUGAUCCGGCCGAUGGAGAUGGCAGAGCUGGUGGACAUCUUGCCCACGCUGAGUCUCAUCAAGGAGGAGGAGCUGCCCUGCGACCCGGCCACUCCGUCAGUCAUGGACAUGCUGGAGAGCUUCGGGCUGGGCAUCGGUCAGAGCAGCUUCUUCGACUUAGAGAACUCAAAGUUGAUCAGCGAGGCCGAGCUGCAGAAUGAAAGCAGCAGCAGUCAUACCGUAGAGACAAACUUUGAGAUUACAGAAUACGUGGCUGUUUUGAGCUCGGAGACUCAUAUUCCCAGCAAGGUAGCCUGCUUUCCAUUGAGAAACCAGGUGGAGUGGGACCGACCCGGCGACAGUUCCUCCUGAUGGCGACUCAAGCACCAGCCCACA